UUUUGGUCCACAGGUACCAAGUGUUGUUUUUCGUAGUGACGUACGCAGUCCCAAUGCUGGGCAUGACGUUCUUCUACUCGGCGAUGGGCCGCGUGCUGUGGGGGUCGCGGUCCAUAGGGGAGCUAACGCAGCGGCAGAUAGACUCCAUCCGGUCGAAGCGGAAGGUUGUGAAGAUGUUCAUAUUAGUGAUAGUGAUCUUCGGCAUCUGCUGGUUGCCAUACCAGUCGUACUUCAUCUACACCCACUUCAACCCGUCUAUCAUGUACAAGAAGUACGUGCAGCACGUCUAUCUGGGCUUCUACUGGCUAGCCAUGGCCAACGCCAUGGUCAACCCGAUCAUAUACUAUUGGAUGAACGCGAAGUUCAGGACAUACUUCCGCACGGCCAUGUGCGGGUGGCGCGACGCCCUGCGCCGGCGCAAGCGGCCGCUGCCCGACUCCCCACCGGACUACCUCUCACAGUCGGGCAGCCGAUCCCGUUCAGGUAUAGAGGAACCGCGCGACUCAAGAAGAAAUGUAGUGAGCGAGUGGCCGCAAUUGUCGUGUCGGGAUCGAGCAGGCCUGCGGUCGCAGAGACCGCCUUUGCAUGCUAGCUGCCCGCGCUGCCCGCACUCCUACUAUGAUGGUAAGUGUAGACUAGAAUAUAAUCUAGAAAAAUAUGUUACAUUAAUUAUGAUAUAA